AUGGAACUUCGUCCAAACCAUCAAUUCAAUCCUUUCGCGUCCGAUGAGGAGCUUGCGCAAUAUGACCUCCCCGACCUCCCAGCAGACUUCGACAAGAUGGACUUCAAAGACCCUGCCACUAUGUCCAGACUCCUAGGGAUGCCCGUUCCUCAUAAAAUACCAGCCGAGGUCCGCAAGGAUGCAAAGUCACUCUCCUCCUCACUGCUGGCAAGCUACGACCGCCUGAGGGCCAUCAUCGCACGCCACGAGCCCGCCAUCCACCACCGCUGGUUGCGGAAGAAGAGGCACCAGCGGCUUGAUACCCUCACGAGGGCUUGGGGUCCCGGUAUGGCUGCUGUGCACCGUCCCGACUUUGACGCGUGGCGCAAGCAGGAGUCAUCUUUGGCGGCUUUCCGCCAGGGAAGCACCCAGGAUAGAGACUGCUUCAUGUGGCCGUACAUCAACCAGGAGGACCUGCUGAAGCCGAAGACGCUGCUGCUGCUGCUCAACGCGCGGGGCCGCCACCAUCCCUCCCACUUCGCCGGCGCCGGCGCCGACUUCGACGCGAUGCAUCUCGGCUGCGUCACCCAGAGGAUUGUCGCGGUGUUUCUCAAUUGUUACGUCAUGAUUCUUCACGGGGCCCGCGACGCCCGUGAGUAUGGCAAGUUGGUGGCGUGA